GUAAGCGUUCAUCGGAGAGAUUUUUGCGUUUUCUGGAGAAAAACCGUUCUGUAAGCAUGUAGUUCUGUUGUGAGACAGCCACUCGCUCCUGAGUUACUGUGAUAUAUAAACCAAUCACUGAGCUUUUUGCUUGUGAGUAACCCAAAGGAAGGAUUUGCUGUAAUUCAUUGAGUCGAUAAUUCAAUUAUGUGUAUUUUCAGAUAGGUAAGAAAGGAAUUGAAAACAGCUAUUGAACAGUUUCAGACAGAUACUAUUUGUUUUCCAAUUUCGUUACACUUGGGACGUCUACAAAGAGUACCACUAUGUUCCUGUGCCUAAACAAAAAACCACCGUAUAAAAGGGGUUUUCACCUUUAAUCAAUGUCAACUUAACUGGAGGUGAUGAUUCUACGCUAGUGCUUCUUAUCCUUGUAACAAGGAAAAGGUGUGUUGCUUAGUGAACGAUAUAUUUCUUGUAAUACGACCACAGAUAACAGAGGCUCUAAAUUGAUUACCCCUAUCUGCCUCUGCACGUUGUAUAAGUUAAUUCCAGUCAUUACACUCGUUCUGGUUCCUUUGAUAGCAUUUCCAAGAGAGUCCACCAACUUUGAGACAAAACCAAAGUAUCACAUACUCGCAGGCUGACAUUUUACGAAAGUUUUCCAUGUGCUAUGGCUUUUUUGAAUGUCGUCAGCCGUGUUUUAUGUCUUUAUCGCUGACAUCAUGUGGUCAAAUUCGCAAGAAUGUUAUUUGGAGAGAUUACCAAUCGAAAUAUUACAGGAUAUUAUUGAUUAUGAGCCAACAUUGGCUUGCUGUAUGCGGAACCUAUUGUUGUUGGGACACAAGCACCGUUUCCGUACUCUCUCAGGUCCCAGACCGGUAUGGACAAUAUUUGGGAAGCGACAGACAAGACGUUCUGUUGAUCGCUUCUUUCUAUAUUUUGAUAAAUUUCUAGAGGAUAAUUCUAAAUCUGAACACGUUAGAAUUCUCACACUAGAUUUGAGCUAUAGCGGUAAGAGUAAAGCAGCGCUGUGGAGUGUGGGAUAUAUUGCCCACAUGUCUCGCUUACUCCCAAAACUUGACACUAUAAAGAUGACACUGAAAGAUGAAUGUGAUCUGCACAAAUUUCCACAAUUGAAGAGUGUCACCAAUGUUGCAAUUCGCUUCCUCAAGUGUACGCGAUACACAUAUGUCGGCAGUCUCCUGCGUGAAAAAGUUCCCAAUGCUGCAGUAAUUUACCUAGAUGUCCAACCAAAGAGGUACAAAACAACAAGACGCAUCCAAAGAGAACUGCUACUUGGGUGGGCUGGUGAGCUGUUCGUCGUCUGUCAGUACCUACAUUUUCCCAAUCUCAAGAGAUUGAGUAUAUUCGGUCGUAUACCGAGAUAUGAAUUUUUUGAGGCAUAUUCUUAUUUUCGCAACGGUGAAACACAGCUACACAAACCGCUCGAUUUCGAAUUUGGAAUAAUGACAUCCAAUACUGUACUCACCGUGUUGAAUAUUCUCGCCAUGAAUAUUAUCAAUCAUCAAGAGUAAAUAUUCUAGAUGCCUUCUUGUUAUAUU